AUGGCAGACACUUUUAAAUCUGCCAAUUUGAGGAUUGUCAAAAAUGUUUCUUCCAGGGGGCACAUGGAUCCACUUUUAGUUCUGUUUUCCUUUGUCGAUAAACCAUCAGAGAUUCCUUAUACACCACGGAAAAGAAAAAACAAGAAAAGAAGAACCAAAGAAAGAGCAAAAAACAGGGCUGACAGUGGUAACAAUGGUCAUGAAAGGAAAGCAAAAGUGGAAAAGAAAAGUUCUCAACCACCGCAGCCAGCCACUCAUCCAUAGUGAGCAGUUGUGUAUUUCAUUUAAUUCAUAAACACCUUUGAAACAUCUCCCUAGUACGUAUUUUUGUUUUGAGCCUUUCAUAAAGUGUAUCUGGCUCCAAAGGACGGAAGUCAUUAGCUUCAAUCACAAUGUGCACACAAGUUUGAACUCCUCUAUGAAAAUCUCCUGGAUCUGCUUCUGAGUUCUCUCGAUCAUUUUCAAUAAAUACAAAGAGACCAAAACAUAGUCUAAACAUUAUAUUUUUGACCCAGCGGUAUUGUGAUUUUGUCACUAACUAGACUUAUUUUAGUAUCUUUUAUUUUUUGUAUAUCCCCAAACUGUAUUGAUUUCUUUUUUAGUAUUCUUUCGAUGCCAUUUUUGUAUGUGUUCAUGUUUGUAAAUAUUAGAUAUAAAUAACCCCGAUGGACUAUUUAUUUCACUGCUCGCUCGGCUAUUUUUAUCCUAUUCAUGGGGUUGCUUGUUUUCAUCAUAGUCGAAGCGAUGAAGAUACAACCCAUGAGAUCAUGGCAGACGCUAUCAGAUCAGCCAAGCAGAGAAUAGCCAAAGCUGCAUCUUAUAUGGAGCACAUUGAUCCAUUUCCGUUUUCCGUUAUCAACAAGCCAUCAGAAGAUCCUACCACUAGUAAAGAACGGGCAGAUAACACGCUUGACAAUGCUAACAACGAUUAUGGAAGGAACGCAAAGAUAAAAAACAAAAGUCCUAUACCAGCGCUCCUCGCCACUGCUCUAACACUGUAUGAUGGCUCUUUAGGAUGCGGUGAAAAAAGUGAUAUGCCGCCUCAUGGCUCUGGAACAUCUGCAGGUCAACUCACUGCACCUGAAAAAGAGAUUUCUCUUGAAAGGGAGAAAAAUACCUCUGACUUAGACGAGGAUACAGAACAAAUAUUUACUUUCCUCAGGGAGCUCGAGAAUGGUUCAGAACAAGGUAGAGUAACAAACCAAAAACAAAAUGAAAUCUUUGUAGAAAAGCGCACAGCGAGUAUAAAGGUGAGCAUUACUUCCUACCAGCAUCUUGCAUCUAAAUUCUAACAGCUCAGCAAAUUUUUCCUUUUUCUUUGUUUGGAGCCAAGGCACUUACUUAAUGGGAUCGUAAGUUGAACAGGCCCAUAGCCAGACUUUCCGCAAUAGACCCGACGAGAUUUGCAAUCGCCAUAGCCUGUUACACUCUGCAAAAAAUGAUGCGGGAAACGAGUGGGACCUGAUUUUGCACGCGUUAUUUUUGCCUCGUUCCUACUAUCUGACAACCUGGCACAAGCUACAAAUAGCCGAAGCCGCCAGCUCCUUUGUGAGGAAAACCUGAUAGGAAGCUCCAAGAAAAAAAUUGAAACUUAAACGCUAUUUUUAGCAUUUGUAAAUAUAAUUCAUUGGUUAAUCAGCUUCUGAACACUCAAAAACCAUUUAAAAAGAUUCUCUGUCAAUUUCAGCCGUGUCUGUGAAUUACCCUGAACUGUCAUCUUAUGUAAGCGAGGAGACGAAGUCACUCCAGGAAGAAAUUGCUUCUCUGAGAAAAGUAACAGUCAAGCUAGAAUCUGA